CAAUAAACAAGAUGGCUUCCACAAGUGUGGAAUUUUAUCAAAAGCAGAAUGAACUCCGAGAUUCAAUGAAAAGGAGUGAAGAGGAGAGACACGGAUUAGAGAAUCAAAUCAAGACAUAUUUUAAAUCUGAUCAGAGAGUAGCUAAGUUAAAAGCUGUUCGUUUAAAUAAUUACUGGAAAAAACUGUGUGACGAUGAAAAGAGAAGCAAAGAAAGAAAUGCUCAGUUAUUACGAGAAUUUGAGCGAAUUGAUUCACAUCUCUCAUCUAUGGGAGCCCGUACUGAAAAACUACAAUUUUUAAAGAAACAGUAUGAAGAAACUAUUGAGAGAAAAUAUCCUAAUUGGCGUCAACUUGCUUGUCCUACACUUGAACUUACCAAUCAACAGACAACACAGCCACAACAGACAGAGAAUAAAACACCGCAGUCUGGAGUAGCACCAUCAAACCAAUCCACACCUCACCAUUACAGUCAACAAAAUCCAAACCAAGAAUCAACACAAUCAAAACAUUGGACAUCCCAACAUUCAUCACCAUAUAAACAAGCAGAUGUACCUCAAGUACCUCAAGAGUCAAGUCCAGCGAGAGUUUCACCUACAUUUACAGAAACUGGAAGUGGCGUAAAAAAAUUAUCAAGAGUCGAGGAAGUUGAUAUCCAACCUGUCCAGAAUGUUACAAUACAAAAAAUACAAAGUCCAACAGGCCAGAAAUCAGGACCAAUGGAACCUGAUGAUGACAGUGAUAUCGGUAGUGACUUGGAACUACCAUUAAGUAGUAAAGGACAGAAAUCUCCAGCUAAAAAGAGUAGUGAGAAACUAGGAAUAGAUAACCCAGGUUUACAGGGGACAUCAGAAGCUGUGGGGUCCAUAGAAACAGAAGUAGCCUCUCACUCUGCUAAGAGUAUGAAUAAAUCUAUUAGAGCUGAUAUGACAUUAACUGGUAUUAUAUAUUUAUUGAAAUAUGUCCAGGAUGAUUUUAGAGAUGCGUUUUCGUUCGAGGGUUAUUACAAGACAUCACCACCAGAUUCAUCUUUACGAUCAAAUAUUAUACAUAAAGCGAAUAAUGGUGAGAAUUUAUCAACUAUUGAUGCUAAUUUAGUUAGUAUGGUUAUACUAGAACAACUUACCCUGGUCAUUAGACAUUUGGUUAAUUCUGGUUUACUAACAGACGAAAUGUUGAUGUCUGAUACCUCUAGAUUGACAGCAGACACAAUAGGAUUGCAAUUACCAUCAGAUGCCUGUGAUUUGUGGGAUUCAUUAUUCAAUCAUUUCUCACUCCUGGUGCAGUUUAAAGUCAUGGAGCCAAAAGAAGUGGCAGCCGUCUUUGUUCCAUGCCUGGUGGCAGAUGGAUCCCAACAUCAACAAAAGGCAUUUUCGUUAUUGGUUCGUUUAUUAGAAGAAUUUAAUAAAGAUGAUGGAACAGAUGGAUCAUCUAUGGCGUCACCACAUCAUCAAUCACCUGUUAAACAUACACCUAGGAGUUAUAAUGAUAACACACAAGAUCAGGGUACAGUUCCACCGUUAAAGUUUGGUAGUUUGAUAGACCGACCAUUUAGUGAUGACGAGUCAACAAGUUUAUUUGAUCAAACUAAUUCUAGAAAUCAACCAGCCGUUCCAUUGAAUGAAACUGAUGCAUAUAAGAAUAUGCUAUCAGGAACAAGAAAUAUGACCAAUCAAAAUAAUGCAGAGGAAGAAGAAGACACAGACGAUGAUGUUGAGAAACAAUUUGCAUCUGUAUUAUCGCCACGAACAACCAAAUCAUCAGUUCUUUCGCCCAGAAGAAAAAAAGAUGGAGGAAAUAUAUUCACUCCGAGAAGUUCCCAUGAUUCCAUUCCAUCUGCACGCAGUUCAAAAGGUGAUGGAGAUUUUCUGAUAGAAAAUAAAGUUACUUCCGGUAAACCAGACGAUUUUUCUGAUGCCAGUUCUUUCUCUCAUGGAGCUUCACCUGUUUAUGUCCCCACGGCAAUGGAUCACAGAUCUACAAUGCCAUCAACUGGAUCUUAUCCUAUUCCUAAUAAACGACCAGGUUUACGUAUUGGAUCUGAUCUUGAUACAGACACAGAAGGUGAUUUUAUGCACAAAACUUCUAAAAAUAAAACAGAAGACGAGGAUGACUUUGACUUCUACAACUGAUCAAUCUGAUUAAAAUACAGAUCUAUAUUUCAUUUCUUUUUUUUUUGUACUUUCAUUGGCCUCUACUACAUGAAGAUCUGAUCGGUUGUAGUGGAAGGUCACGUCAGGGGUCAUACGAGCGGCUUUUGACUCUAUGACAUCAGACAUAGAGUAAUCAAUCAGCAUUGGCGUUUUUAGUGGCUUACCCAUAGUUCUGUGCACCGCACGCCAAGAGCUCGCUGUGACAGACUGUGCAUUAACCAGAAGAUCUUAGUGUUGUGAAGACAAGUAAAACGGAAUUGAACUAUAAAAAAAACGAAACAGGAUCAAAAGAUCAAAAAUUAAAUACUAAAUUUAAACCAUAAUGUAUCCUGGUCGGGAAUAUAAAUGUAAUUGUUAUACUACUUGGUAGCCUACCAGUAGUCCAAAUAUCCUGAUCUAUCUUUUUGAGAGCUAAUUAAAACUACCAGUGCGUGGCAUGGCACAGUAAGUAAUAGAUCUACCAAUAUGUUAUUUGUGAUUGACUAAAUUAGUAACUAUGUAUGUAGAUAUAUGAUAAUUAUUUUAAUAUUUCAUUGUAGUAUAUUAAUUUGAUAAGAUCUACACUGUUUGUUAUAUUGUACAUGCGUCUUUAUUUAUUUGUAGUUAUUUAUAUCCUGUCUAUUUUAAUAAAAUUAUUGUAUAUUAACAGAUGCAGGAC